AUGUCCGACACAUGGAGCUCUAUCCAGGCUCACAAGAAGCAGCUGGACUCGCUGCGGGAGAGGCUGCAGCGGCGGCGGAAGCAGGACUCGGGACACCUCGAUCCUCGGAACCCAGAGGCAGUGCUGUCUCCAACUUUUCGCAGUGACAGUCCAGUGCCCAUGACACCCACCUCAGGUGGCCCUAAACCAAGCACUGCUUCAGGAACUCCAGAGCUUGCCACAGACCCUGAGCUGGAAAAGAAGUUAUUACACCACCUCUCAGACUUGGCGCUGACACUGCCCACUGAUGCUGUGUCCAUCCGCCUUGCCAUCUCUACGCCAGAUGCCCCUGCAACACAAGAUGGGGUGGAAAGCCUUCUACAGAAGUUUGCAGCACAAGAGUUGAUUGAAGUAAAACGAGGCCUUCUCCAAGAUGAUGCCCAUCCUACGCUGGUGACCUAUGCUGACCAUUCCAAGCUCUCAGCCAUGAUGGGGGCUGUGGCAGAGAAGAAGGGCCUAGGGGAAGUGGCAGGGGCCAGCACGGGGCAGAAGCGGCGGGCAGAACAAGACCCCACCACAACUACUACAUUUACCAGCUCCUCAGCCUCUGGUCUGGCCUCUUCAACUUCAGAGCCAGCCAAAGAGCCAGCCAAGAAAUCACGGAAACAUGCUGCUUCUGAUGUAGAUCUGGAAAUUGAGAGUCUCUUGAACCAACAGUCUACCAAGGAGCAACAGAGCAAGAAGGUAAGUCAGGAGAUCUUGGAGCUGCUAAAUACCACAACAGCCAAGGAACAGUCCAUUGUGGAGAAGUUCCGCUCACGAGGAAGGGCCCAGGUACAAGAGUUCUGUGACUAUGGCACCAAAGAGGAAUGCAUGAAGGCCAGUGAUGCUGACCGACCCUGCCGCAAGUUACAUUUCAGGCGAAUCAUUAAUAAACAUACUGAUGAAUCAUUAGGUGACUGUUCAUUUCUCAACACCUGCUUCCACAUGGACACUUGCAAGUAUGUACAUUAUGAGAUUGAUGCCUGCGUAGAUGCCGAAGCCCCUGGCAGCUCAGACCACCCCCCUAGCCAGGAAUUGGCCCUUACACAAGGUGUUGGUGCUGAUUCCAGUGUGGAUCGACUCUUCCCACCACAGUGGAUCUGUUGUGAUAUCCGCUACUUGGAUGUGAGCAUCUUGGGGAAGUUCGCAGUGGUAAUGGCUGACCCACCCUGGGAUAUUCACAUGGAGUUGCCAUAUGGUACCCUAACAGAUGAUGAAAUGCGGAGGCUCAACAUCCCAGUGCUUCAGGAUGAUGGCUUUCUCUUUCUCUGGGUCACAGGAAGAGCCAUGGAGUUGGGCAGAGAAUGUCUGAACCUUUGGGGAUAUGAACGAGUAGAUGAGAUCAUCUGGGUAAAGACAAAUCAGUUGCAACGAAUCAUCCGGACAGGGCGAACUGGCCACUGGCUAAACCAUGGGAAGGAACAUUGUUUGGUUGGUGUCAAGGGAAAUCCUCAAGGCUUCAACCGGGGCCUAGACUGUGAAGUAAUAGUAGCUGAGGUUCGCUCCACAAGCCACAAGCCAGAUGAAAUCUAUGGAAUGAUAGAGAGGCUAUCCCCUGGAACCCGCAAAAUUGAAUUAUUUGGACGACCACACAAUGUACAGCCCAACUGGAUCACCCUUGGGAACCAACUUGAUGGGAUUCACCUGCUUGACCCAGAUGUGGUUGCCAGGUUCAAGCAACGAAUUGCAACAAGUGAAAACGUACCACUGGAUUACUUAACCUGGCCUUAUUUAGAGGACCAAGAACAGUUUAGGGUAUGCAGGGCUGGUCUACCCUCUAACUUAAAUAAGAAUCUCCUCCCUUGGAAACAUUUGUAGAUAAGCACUUUGUCAAACAUUAGUGCUCACAGCCUCUAUCUAACAAGUAGAGCCAUUACUCUGACCUUCUAUUAUGACCUGAGGUAACAAGUCAGGUAAGGAGAGGUUGCAAAAAAUGCUUAAAAUACUUUGUUUACAAAUCAU